AUGACCGCAAUGGUCCAGACCGAUCUGGGUCCUCCCCCAACUGCCAAGUAUAAGGAUGACUCGGCCGACGAUCCUCUUCGUCGCCAGAACUCGGGCCAUCAAAUUCCCCCGCAUCACGCUCUGCAACAUCCUAGACCGACAAGUCUUGCGCAACACCAGAAGCAACGACCGAACUCUCCGCAUCAACCAAAUAGCUCCAUACCGUCGGGAACAUAUGCGACUGCGCAUGGUCUAGGGAACGGUGUACCGUUGCAACAUCAAACUCCAUACGGACAACCUACGCAAGAACCAACCUAUUAUACUACGCAUCCUAGUCACUAUACCUCGACAAGCGCUCCUGGACAAUACCCCUCAAGCGGGCCUCCUGAUCUGAUGGCAGCUACCGCACAAAUGCAGAGGCCCUAUCCUCCAAUCUACCAUACACCCCAGUCUAACUCCCCGGCAUCCGUGGCGUCACAAACACACGAUCAGCAUGGAAGGAAUUUGUAUACGCAAUCGCCGCAAAUGCCCUCGCAGAUGUAUGGUUAUCAGCCGUAUUCCUCGAUGAACUCGGUGCACCCGUCGCCUUAUGCACCACACCCGGCGUCUCAACAGCAUGCCCUCACAUCGCAGUCGCUGAUGAUCCCGCAUCAGACAGGCGCUGCUCAAAUGCACCCGCAGCCACAGGGACAUCCAGCUGCUAUGACCACCAACAGCCCGCAGCAACUGAAACUGGACUCUAUACCGUCUCAGGCUACGCCGCCUCAAAGGACGCCCAUCAACCCGCCUCACUCGACGCCCGCGACGGGACAAGUUCCUCAGAACAACGUACAUGCAAACGGAGCUGCAGCGGCGAAUCCCAAUGCGGCACCAGGCCCGAUCCCAGCCACGACUCCCCUUGUUGUGCGACAGGAUAGCAAUGGAGUGCAGUGGAUUGCCUUUGAGUAUUCACGUGACCGCGUCAAGAUGGAAUAUACCAUCCGCUGUGACGUAGAAUCUGUGAACGUGGACAAUCUUAGUCAAGAGUUCAAGACAGAGAACUGCGUCUAUCCUCGAGCUUGCUGCAGCAAGGACCAGUACAGAGGCAACCGAUUGGUCUACGAGACCGAAUGCAAUGCCGUUGGAUGGGCGCUGGCCGAGCUGAACCCCCCACUGCGAGGUAAACGAGGAUUGAUCCAACGAGCGGUCGACAGUUGGAGAAAUAGCAAUCAAGACCCUCGACUUCGCAGUCGCCGAGUGAGGAGGUUGGCAAAGAUAAACAGGAGGCAAACUGUUCAAUCGCCGCAGCCUAGCCAUAUUGCUGCCCCAACUAGCGCUCUUCCAGGAGUUCCUGGACCUGGCCUUACAGCGCCAGGACCACGGCCACCCCCUGGGUCUAUGUCGCUAGGCGGCGGGCAACUACACCAUCACCACGCUCACCAUGAUGGGAGCACAGGUAACGAGGAAGUCAGCGGCGGCACUGGAUAUACGAACGGUACUCAUCGUUCGUCUGAUGCUACAAGUGGCCACCAGCCGCCUGGACAUGGGACGACAGACCUCCGGACUGGUCAGAUUUUCCACGGUUUCCCAAUGUACCCCCCUUCUGCCAGUGCUUCAGGGGCACCAGGUGGGCCUUCAAUGCCUCCCCUCCAGGCCAGCAGCAUGGGAUCCUUUAGUCGCCACGGGACUAUCGCGACAUCUUCCAACAGACGCGAGGAGGACGACAACGACGAUGACGAGCGCAAUCCAGAUAAUGCCGCGCUCUUCGGCGACCUCCCCCAGGGCAAGCGUCGAAAGUUUAUUCUGGUGGAUGAUUCGCAGCGCGGCUGUCGCGUCCGUGUCAAAGUCAUGCUUGACCAAGUGGACAUGAACGAGAUCCCGGAUUCUUACCGUCAGUCCAAUUCGGUCUAUCCGAGGACCUAUUUUCCCGUGCAGAUGAAGAGUCCACCCGGUCGCGUCGUCCCAGGGAAGAGAUACUUCGACGAUGACGAUGAAGAAGAUGAUGAUGGCAGCACUGCGACUGUGGGAAGGACGUUGGUGCCGGCACCAUCCAUCGACGGGGAGACCGACAUUGCGGUUCCAAAGCUGUCGAGGAGCAAGCACAACAAGGAGAUCCUGUUGAAUGACCUUGGGUAUCGCAUGAGCUGGAGUCAGAGCAGAGUAUUUGCGGGAAGGACAUUAUUCCUCCAGAGAUCCCUUGAUGCCUACCGUAACAAGAUGCGUAACACAAUGCUGAAUGCCGGCCAAGAAACUACGUCCAUCGCUCCACAUUUUGAGACGCGGAUCGGGAAGAGGAAAUUCCUUGAGCGGUCCAGGAAGAAAUCUAGUCUGAGUGCGGCAACGGCUGCGGUGGCUACGUCUGCGUCUCAACGCAGUGCGGAAGAAGUAGAAGGCUGA